AGGAAGGCGGCCGAAGAAGCGCAGCAAGAGGCUCAACGCCAGCAGGAGAUUGCGGCGGCGGAGAAUAGACGUGCCGUGGAGGCCCAGCGCGUCGCUGAAGCCGCCGCUCUGGCUGCCGAAGAAGAGAGUAGCCGCGCACUCGCGGCGAAGGAAGAGGCGGAGCGCCACCUUCGGGAGGGAAUUCAGCCCGUAAUCAUGCCCUCCACAGCCGAUCUAGAGGAGGCGAAACGGAGGGUCGGAUAUCAGGAGGGAAAGCUUCACUUCGCCGUCACCGGCAUCGCUGGGAGCGGGAAAUCUUCACUGGUCAACGCCUUACGUGGCUUGCGCAAUCGCGACGCUGAUGCAGCUGCGACAGGCAUCGCGGAAACGACGCUACACCUCGCCCGUUUCCCUGACGCCAACCCGGAAAAUCCUGUCGUCUGGUUCGACAUUCCUGGAGCAGGCACCUUGCAGAUCAAGGACUGGCAAUAUUUCCACGACCAGGGGCUCUAUGUCUUCGAUGCGCUCAUCGUCCUCGUCGACAACAGGUUUACGGCGACAGAUGUUGCCAUUCUUCGCAACGCUCGGCUCUUCGGGAUACCCUGCUAUAUUGUGCGUUCGAAGGCGGAUACCCACGUACGAAACGUCAUGAAGGAGAUGGGCUACGAUAGCGACGACGACGAAGAACAGGACGCGAGCAGCCUGGAGAAGCUUGAACGGGAGGCUCGGGAGCACUUCAUCGCCGCGACGAGACACACCGUCGGCGAGAACUUGCGCAGAGCGGACUUACCCGACCAGCGCGUGUACAUCGUCUCCAACUCGACAAUCCUUGGCGCCGUGAAAGGAUCGAUCUCCGCCAAAGCGUCGAAGAAAAUGGUAGACGAGAAAGCACUUCUUGACGAAUUGUCGGGAGACGCCAAGCGACGCAGAGGAGGCGAAGGAAGAUUACCUGCUAACGAGAUAUGUUUUCCCGGAAUUAUACCCAAGGCGGAGCGUCAGCUCCAAGAGGGCAUCCAGCCUGUCAUCAUGCCCUCCACUGCAGACCUCGAAGCUGCCAGGCGCCGAGUAGGGUACCGCGAGGGCUACUACCACUUUGCCGCCACGGGGAUUGCGGGUAGCGGCAAAUCGUCGCUCAUCAACGCAUUCCGCGGCCUACGCAGUGGGGAAGCAAACGCAGCUGCGACCGGCAUCACGGAGACGACCUUGCAGAUGGCUCGAUUUCCUGACGCCAACCCGACCAACCACAUCGUCUGGUACGACAUCCCUGGUGCUGGGACACUGCAAGUGCACGACUGGCAGUACUUCAACGACCAGGGGCUCUACAUCUUCGACGCCCUGGUCGUCCUCUUCGAUAAUCGGUUCACGGUCACCGAUGUCGCCAUCCUCCGCAAUGCCCGUCUCUUUAACAUCCCAUGCUACAUCGUACGCUCCAAGGCAGAUGCGCAUAUCCGUAACGUGAUGAUCGAUUUGGGAUACGAUAGCGACGACGACGAGCAUGACGCUAGAAGUCGGGCGAAGUUUGAGGCUGAGGCUCGGGAGCGCUUCGUCAGCGAGACGAAGAAAACUGUGCGAGAGAACCUACGCAGGGCCGAUCUGCCUGAUCAACGAGUGUACGUCCUCUCGAACUCGACGAUGUUGAGCACUGUCAAGGGUUCGAUUUCAUCCAAGAUGUCGAAGAGGCUUCUGGACGAGAAAGAGUUUCUGAAGGACUUC